GACUUUUCUUCAUAAUGCUAUUGAAAUUAACAGACUAAAGACACCAACCGUGGAAUUAAACAAUUGAAGAACGCAGUAAAAAAGUGAUGAACCAACUCACAAAUAAAAAACAAAGUGAAGAUUAAACGAAAUUUGCUUAAACCGAAACGAAAGCACAAAAAUUAAUAACGAAAAUAUACAAAACAAAAGUGGAAAAAAGCAUAGCCUAAAGAUACACCACCUUAAAAUUAACAGCAGCAGCAAAAGUAGCAGCGGUGGAUAAAGAAAGGAAGAAACAAGGAGCAAGCAACAAAAGAGUCAAGCAAGGGAGAGUUCCAGAGCGAUAUCAACAGCAAAAAAAUUAGGUGUGACAUGGUGUGGAAUGGCAGAAAAAAGUAAAGAAGUUGCAAAGUUUUAUGUUGAAAUAAAUUGAAAAGAAAUAACAAAAUCCUUGCAAAAAGGAUUGAAAGAAAAUCACAAAACAUAAAAAGCAGUUGAAGAAGAAGAAGAAAAAAACGAUUUAUUUGCAAUUACAAGCAAUAAAAUAAGAAGAAAAGUGGAAAACGGAAAAUUCUCCAAAAAAGAAAAGCCCUCAUACCUUGUGAAUGUGUGUGUAGUGUGUUGGUGGUGUUUCUCUGUAGGCAUAUGAGUUUGUGUGAGUGUUGUGUUUUGUAAGAGUCAGAGAUAACAAAAGCAAGCAAAGGCAACCGCAAACGACAGCGCAACAAAAGCAACGACAACAACGAAGACAACGGCGACGUCGAAGACGACGACGACAAAAAGGAGAAUCAUCCAUUGCAGCAGCAGUAACAACAACAACAAGACAGCUAACUAAAACAACAAACAUCAUGCAGAACAGCCCCCGUUCGAAUGUCAAUGGAGCCAUCUCCUCAUUACCCAGCACUUUGGCCCAGCUGGCCCUGCGUGACAAACAGCAACCCUCCAGCCUGCCCGUCAUAGGCGGCGCUGGUUCCGGCUCCAGUGUACUCUCCAAAGCCGCUGUGCUACAGCAGCAGGCCAAUGGCGGCUCCAGCGUCGAUUCGUCCUCCUCGAAUUUGGGCCACAAUGAUUCCAACAAAUUGACAACGGAAUUGCAGGAGAAAGAACAAGAGAACCAAAAGCAACAGCAGCAACAGCUAACACAGCCAAAACAAAAGCCUCCAUUGCCAGUACGUAAUAAGCCCAUGGAAAUUGCAGGUUAUGUUGGUUUCGCCAACCUGCCGAACCAAGUGUACCGCAAAGCAGUCAAGCGUGGCUUCGAAUUCACCCUGAUGGUGGUGGGCGCCAGUGGUCUGGGCAAGUCGACACUCAUCAAUUCCAUGUUUCUCUCGGACAUCUACAAUGCGGAACAGUAUCCUGGGCCCUCGCUGAGGAAAAAGAAGACAGUGGCCGUUGAAGCUACCAAAGUUCUGUUAAAGGAGAAUGGUGUGAAUCUCACCCUUACAGUUGUGGAUACUCCCGGCUUUGGCGACAGCGUGGACAACACCAAUUGUUGGGUGCCCAUUCUGGAAUAUGUGGACUCUAAAUAUGAGGAAUAUCUGACAGCCGAAUCUCGGGUAUAUCGCAAACAGAUACCCGACAAUCGUGUGCAUUGUUGUCUCUAUUUCAUUGGUCCCACUGGCCAUGGCCUAAGGCCCUUGGACAUUGCUUGCAUGCAGAGUUUAUCCGAUAAGGUUAAUUUGGUUCCUGUUAUAGCAAAGGCCGAUACACUGACCCCAGAUGAGGUGCAUCUCUUCAAAAAGCAAAUUCUCAAUGAAAUUGCCCAGCACAAAAUCAAGAUCUAUGACUUCCCCUCCACGCUGGAGGAUGCAGCGGAGGAGACCAAGACCACACAGAAUCUACGCACCCGCGUACCCUUUGCGGUGGUGGGAGCCAAUACCAUAGUUGAGUUGGCCGAUGGCAAGAAGGUAAGGGGACGCCGCUACCCUUGGGGUUUGGUGGAGGUUGAGAAUCUAUCGCACUGCGAUUUUAUUGCUCUGCGCAAUAUGGUCAUACGAACCCAUCUGCAAGAUCUGAAAGAUGUCACCAACAAUGUGCACUAUGAGAACUACAGAUGUCGCAAACUCUCCGAGCUGGGUUUGGUCGAUGGCAAGGCCCGUCUGUCCAACAAGAAUCCUUUGACCCAAAUGGAGGAAGAGAAGCGUGAGCAUGAAUUGAAAAUGAAGAAAAUGGAGGCAGAAAUGGAACAGGUCUUUGACAUGAAGGUCAAAGAGAAAAUGCAGAAGCUCAAAGAUUCCGAAAUCGAAUUGGCCCGCCGCCAUGAGGAACGCAAAAAGACCUUGGAGCUGCAAAUACGUGAACUGGAGGAGAAGCGUCGUGAGUUUGAGCGUGAACGCAAAGAUUGGGAGGAGGUUAAUCACAUCACUUUGGAAGAAUUGAAACGACGCAGCCUGGGCGCGAACAGCAGCACGGAUAAUGUCGACGGCAAGAAGGAGAAAAAGAAGAAGGUACACGAAAAGCGUUCGUUAGAUAACUUUCGAUAACUGCCGAUAACACUCGAGAGCACUUGACAACUGCAGUUUUACUCUAACAACAGUACUAGUUCUAUAACUCUUGACAUAAUAGCCAAUAAUUUUAGUAAGGAUUUAUAUUGAGCAUAAAGAAAAAGCAAAACAGCAGAAAUAAAUUUACUUUCGAUAAUAAUCGAUAACUCAUGUUUUACUCACGAUAUAUUGGAGUAAAUGAGCAAGUAGUCGUAAGAUAACUUUCGAUAGCAGUUGAUAACUUUCGAUAACCAGCGAUGACAACCGAUAAUUCAAUGACUUUCGAUAUUAUUGAUAACAAUCGAUAUCCCGAUAACCGAUAAUAAUAAGAAGUAAUCGAUGACAGUCGAUAACUACUUUAUAUUGAGAAUAGCCGAAAAAAUGCUUUUAAGAACUAGUAUUUUAUCUAUCGAUAACUAUCGAUAUAAAGAAAAACAAAAUACCAGAAAUAAAUUCACUCUUGAUAAUAAUCGAUAACGCAUGUUUUACUCACGUAUAUUGCAGUAAAUGAACAUGUGGUCGUUAUAUAACUUUUGAAAGCAGUCGAUAACUAUCGAUGACAACUGAUAACUCAAUUACUUUCGAUAACUAUUUAUAACCGAUAACUUCCGAUAACCAAUAAUAAUAAAAAAUAAUCGAUAACAACCGAUAACUUUACUUUAUAUGGAGUAUAACCAAAAAAAUGGUUUUACGAACUAGUAUUUAAUUUUUCGAUAACAAACGAUAAAUUUAAUUUAUAUUGAGCAUAACCGAAAAAAAUUUGCUUUACGAUCUAAUUUAUCAUAAAUUUUUAUUAAAGUGAAAUUUUUAAAUAGGAAAUGAAAAUUGAAAUUCCGUUGCUGGAUAUUGUUCGGCUAUAGACCAUUUUGUUCAAUGCUUUCUAUUCAAAGAAUAGCAAAUAACUUUGAAAAGUAUGACAAAUUGUGUGAUAUUGCUUAAUGAAAAUUUAAAGCUUGUUGAAGAGAAUUAACAAACACGAAAUUCACAUUCCAUACUCGUAUUACUCCCCAUUAAGUGUUCAACAUGACUUCAUGACUUUAAAAUCCCGUUUACACUACUCAUUAAAUCCGGAUUUAAGGCUCUCGUCAGCUGAUUUUUUAAAGUGAAAACAGGUGAUCGAUCCUUUAAAUCUCGAUCCAUUAAAUUUAAUGAGCAGUGUAAACGGGGUUUAAAGGAAAACAACAAAAAUAUUGCCUUACCGAUCUCCUCUCAAUAAGUCCAUUGUAACGCGUGCUGUGUGGCAUAUGGCACCGUCUUGUUGAAACCACAUGUCAUGCAUGUCAAGCUCUUGCAUUUUGAGCAAAAAAAAAAGUUGGAUAUCAUCUUAAGGCAACGCUCACCACUCACGUUACGAUACGCAUUAUCUUUGAUGAAGAACGGUCCAAUGAUGCAACCAGCCCAUAAACCGCACAUAACUGAUUUUUUCUGGAUGCAUUGGUAGCUUUUGCAAUGCUUCUGGCUGAUAUUCACUCCAAAAUCGACAAGUUUGCUUAUUUGCGUACACAUUGAGUCAAAAACGAGCUUCGUAUCUGAAGAAGAAGAAGCGCGCGAUGAAAUUUCUUAACAGAGCUCGCAUUUUGAUAAUAAAUUAUAGACCAAACUGAAGAUGUUUGACAGUGAAACAAAACACGAAACAUCACGCACGUUUCUGUUUAAACUAGUGUUGACAAAAUGAUAAUAGCUAAAAAAUCACCUUUUAUAACCCCAAUCGAAGACGAGGGUCAUCAUUUUUGGGAGAUAUACAUCAGCUAUUGGUAAACCUCUAUCUAUUCGAAUUUUUGUGCAUUGAUGAUAGUAACCCAAAAACAGAAAUCAGAUCACACUUUGAGUCAAAUAACCCCAAUCCAAAACCCUACAAAACGACCAAUAUAUGUAAAUUUGCCCAUGAACAUUCCACUAAGGAGCUGGGGAAAACUUCUCACAAAUCAAUGAGAACUGUCCGAUUCCAUUUUAAGCUCAAUGAUAAGUUAUUUCCUUUUUGUAGCCUAGUCCGAAGAGAGGCCGCAGAGCGACACUUCUUUAGGGAGAAGUUUUUACAUGGCAAAAUACUUCACAAAUGUCGCCAGCAUUAGGAGGGGAUAACCACCGCUGAAAUUUUUUUUGAAGUUCCUGCCAGGAUUCGAAACCAGACGUUUAGCGUCUUAGGCGGACAUGUUUACCUCUUCGCUACGGUGACCUCCAAUAGGUACAAUACGGGAUCAAAAUGAAAAGUAUUUGGGAGUAGAAUAUGAUUCUCAUAUAGAAAUUGGGUGUCAAGUGUCAGGGGCCCUCUCCUCUCACAUAGCUUUUUAGAGGGCCAUUAAAAUCCCAAACGACCCGCAUACGGCAAAUUCAACAGUGGGCGGACAUGAUUCGAUCGCCUAACAAGCGAAUAUCCUUAUUUUAGCGUGAUGCGUUCUCUAAAUUAAGAACAAAUUGUCUGUAAAAAGAAACUCGAAAACUUUCGAAUACCUUAAAAAUUCUUUGUACAUCAAAAGAUACUAAAUCGGUCGCGGGGCUACUACGGUACUCUUCGGGUGGAAAUAGUACUAAAAAAGUACUAAAAAAGUGACUUUCCCAUCCCUGGCAUACAGGAGCAGAGAAAGAAGAUAACAACAAAGAGAAUUCAAACAAAAUCUGACAUCAUAAUAACGUCAAAUCAGACUGGCUGUGAGACCCAGGGCUGCGGAGCCGACCGGAGUCGAGUUUUUGAGGUCGGAGUGAGACUAUUGACCCGGAGUCGGACUUUGGUUCCGAGUUGAGCACGCUUGCCUCGACUACGAACCAAAGUUGAGUUUUUGAGGCCGGAGUCGGAUUAAUAACCUUAGUCGGGGUUGGUCACGCUUGCCUCGACUCCGAACCGCUCUCCGACUCCUGCUUAAUACUUUGACUUGGACUCCGACCAGGUCGGAGUCAAGUACUCCACAGCCCUGGUAAAACCACCUUUUUUAAUCCGCCUCCAUCUCACCAUUCAUGUGCAACUUAAACGAAAAAAUUUGCCAAGCUUGACAUGUCAAAAUCAGCUGUUUCUGCUGGGGAAAACAGCUGAUGAAACAAACGAACAAAAACUUUUAAACGAGUUACUUACCUUUCGGGGUUUGACUGUUCCUGCCGAAGCCACUGAGAUUUGUCUCUUUCCCAAUAUUGCGAAUCUCCCUGAUCAUCCAGGUCCAGGGUUUUUCUUGGGCUGAUUUCCUUUCACGAAGAGGACAACUAUUUUCGAAAGACCCUACCAAUGCAAUCGUAAUCCUGUUGACAUUUUCGAAUACUUAACAAAUUUUGUGUGCAUCAAAAGAUACUAACUCAGUCGCGGGGCUACUACAGUACUCUUCCGCUGGAAAUAGUACAGAAAAAGGUACUAAAGUGUAGAUUUUCCCAUCCCUGGCAUACAGGAGCAGAGAAUAGACGAGAAAGAAGAUAACAACAAAGAGAAUUGCAACAAAAAUCUGACAUCAUAAUAAUGUUAAAUUUGACUGGCUUUGAGACCCAGGGCUGCGGAGUCGACCGGAGUCGAGUUUUUGAGGUCGGAGUCGGGCUUUGAUUCCGAGUUGAGCACGCUUGCUUCGAAUACGAACCGAAGUCGAGUUUUGAUGCCGGAGUCGGACUAUUGAGCCGAAGUCGGACUUUGGCCCCGAGUUGAGCACGCUUGCCCCGAUUCCGAACCGCUCUCCGACUCCGGCUUAAUAUUCCGAAUCCGGCUUAAUACCCCGACUCCGACUUAAUAAUCCGACUCCGGCUUAAUACUCCGACUCCGCCUUAAUACUCCGACACCGGUUUAAUACUCCGACUUCGGCUUAAUACUCCAACUCCGACUUAAUACUCCGACACCGUCUUAAUACUAAGACACCGACUUAAUACUCCGACUCCGGCUUAAUACUACGACACCGACUUAAUGCUCCGACUCCGGCUUAAUACUCCAAAUCCGGCUUAAUACUCCGACCUAGACUCGUGGUUGGAGUCCAGAGCUAGACUCCGCAGCCUUGGUAAAACCACCUUUUUUAAUCCGCCUUGGCAUAAAUCAUUGUUUCACACCCAAACUCACUAAUGAUGUGCCAUUUGAACGAACAGUUUUCCCAAGCUUGACAUGUCAAAAUCAGCUGUUUCUACUGUGGAAAACAGCUGAUGAAACAAACUAACAAAAACCUUACAAACGAGUAACUUACCUUUCGGGUAUUGACUAUUACUGCCAAAGCCACUAAGAUUUGUCAUUCGACGAGUUCACCAAUACAUGAAAAUCAGUUGUUUUUUUUUCUAUGAAAUCAGCUGGUUUGGUG